UAGAGCUGUCUCAACCUUUUUCUCAAUAAAACCUUUGGUGCAGCGCCUCGACUCUUUUGGCCAAUCAGAAUCAGGAUAACAGCAUCAUCAUCUUUUCCAUGGAUCAAGAUAACUUUUCACGGUACUACAAUUCUGAGGACAGUCAGACACUUGUCCAUAAACUGCAUUACAAACAGCUGCAAGUUUUCACAAACUUCCUUGCCUGCUUUGUUCAGUCUGAACACCUGAACCCAAUACCCAAAGCUCUGGCUACUCUGGAAUUUGAUGGCAAACUGCUACAUGUGAAAGAGAUGUAUGUGGGACGGGACGCUGAUCAAUUCAGAGUGGCACAUCCACAACACCCUCUGCUGAAGCCAUUCCUUCAACAAGUCUCCAGGGCAUACACUACAUGUGCCAAAUUCCUGCAGAAAAAGCUGCCUUUGCAGAGCAAGACCCUGCAGUGUUUGUCUGCCAUGGAUCCAGUUGUGAGAGGGCACUCUCAGCCUGGGUUUGAACUGAAGAAGCUCACACAAAUGAUAAGUCACAUACUGCCACCUGAUGCUGACACUCACCAGGAGAUUCUUCAGUAUAGUGUGGACCAGACUCUGCCCACUUUCAAAGAGGGAGAUGAAGCUGUGACAUGGUGGGUCUCUGUCUUUGAAACAGGAAAAUAUCCAGGCCUGUGCCAAGCUGUAAAAGCUGCCAUGUCCAUAUUCCAUGGUCCCUUGGUGGAAUCGUCUUUCAAUCUGAUGGGCGACAUCAUAGACCCUAGAAGCUAACAUGAACAUUGCUACAUUUAGUGCCAUCCAGACUGUGAAAUACACUUUGCAGUCCAGGAAGCAGAGUGCCAUAGAGAUGUUCAAAAGGGAUGAUGUUAAGUUUGGGGCAGUAGACAGGAGGCUGUGCAGCAACAUCAAUUCGGCAGGAACAAGAGACAAGGCCCAGUGACAAAAGAAGUUGCAAAGAGUCUGAGAGAGGAGGAUGGAAUUUGACUGCCAGCCAUCUACAAGUGCUGCAGAGAAAAGGCUUGAAGCCGAAGAGGAAGAAAAUGUUGCAAGAAAGAGUCACAUUGCUAAGCAGCGAAAACGGGCACUUGAAAGACUUGUGCAGGCCAAAAGACUGAAGAAAUAAAUAAAUAAAUUUUUGACCAGCAAGUUGUGGCUGGUGUGCCAAAAAGUUCAAGUGAAGUGGUGUCAAUAAAUGUGUUUUUUUUUUUAACUUGAAGCAGAUGUUGUCUUUUCCCUUUAUUUUCUUGUCAGACUGCACCAGAAUGCUUCGUUUACAUGUUAAAAUCACAAAAAUUUUCUUAUGGGGGAGGAUGCCCCCAGAC